AUGAACGAGCUGCUUCUGGCUUUUCCUGCGUUGAACGCGACGUCGUUUAUCAAGAUCGACAUUGAAGGCUCCGAAAGGGACUUGAUCCCAGCGAUGGCGGAUUUCCUCCGUCGUGUGCAGCCGACCGUAUGGCUGUCCCUGCAUCCAUACGCUCUGACACCGUCGGAAAUGAACGCCCUCGUGUCGUCGUUGAAGGACUUGUGCCCCUUUCUCUACGGCUUGCGCUGGAACAGCAGCUGGGCCCUGGCAGACUUUCACGUGACUGGCCGGAUGGUGGAUCGCAUGCCGCAGGUUGCCGACUCUGCCGACGAUGCGCUCUGCCUAUUCGCCCCAGCACCUCGAGAUUUCCUGGCGCCCUAA